AAGCAACCCCUCUUCUAAAAGAGACUGAAUGAACACGUACAACAAACAGCCCGACCCUCUUCCUCUCGAGUUCGAAGCCCUCUCCCCUCUUCCGAUCCGGCGGUUCGCCGGCGCGGGCUGCGAAGAUGUCUUAUGGGGAUACGAUGCCGCUUCAUCCCUCCCAGUCCGACAUCGACGAGAUAGAGAACCUCAUCAACGCCGGCACCCACACUGCCACCGUCCUCCCCGCCCGCCCCCCUAGCCCCUCUCGCGCUUCCAUCCCCGUCUCCCAUUCUCCCUUCACCUUGCCGCCCUACCAGAAGGUGCGGCCCUCUUCCUCCCCUACCCCGGUCGUGCCCUCUGUGCCCGCUGCCGCCGCCACCUCGCCAGGUGGGAGCCCCCGGAUAGGCAUCUCCACUGGCGCGCUGGGGUCGCCUCCCGACACUCUGGCCGAGCCCGUCUGGGACACGGUGAAGCGAGAUCUGACGCGGAUCUCGGAAGUCUUUGCUGUUGCAUUUGCAGUCCUCACUGCUGGUGCUAUGAUUCUGACAUUGAAUGUUCUACUUCUGGGUGGACAUAUCAUCUUCUUCCAAAGUCUGAGUCUUCUUGGCUAUUGCCUUUUCCCUCUGGCUGUAGGAGCUCUAGUCUGCAUGCUAGAAGGCAAUGUUAUAAUUAAGAUAGUUGUUGUCUCUAUGACAUUGGCAUGGAGCUGUUGGGCAGCAUAUCCCUUCAUAAGUGCAGCUGUUAAUCCCAGAAGAAAGGCCUUAGCCUUAUAUCCUGUUUUCCUCAUGUAUAUAUCUGUUGGCUUUUUCAUCAUUGCAAUAGAUUAAGACAUAUAUCUGAUGAGUUUGGUUUAGUUUCUAGACCUCAAGUCAACUCUUUCAUCCUACCAGCCAAACAUACAAUUAUAGACAGAUAAUUUACAUGUCAUUGCUCUUUUUUGGGGGAUGGUAUUACUAGGUCUAUUUGGGGGUUUUAGGGUCCGGAGUCCACCACUUUGGCUGAGUUGUAAAAUGUGUUUAUUUGGUGUGCAUUUCAAUGUGUCCAUAUUCGUGUUGAAUACUUUGAAGUGUCACAAUUCACCAUCAGAAUGUAAAUAAAAAGAAAAAUUACAGUGUAAUCUUACAAUUUACCACAAAAGAAGCUUGGAAGUUUGACUGUCUUUCUUGGUGCUUCUUGGACAGGUCGCUUUCAUAACAUAAUGAAAACUUUGAAUUAUUUGGAGAAGAAAUGGUUUUAUUG